CACACUCUCUUCCUCCCAUCACUCUCCGAUGCAGCUGCGCCAUCUCUCCUUUGUCCACUGAAGAGAGGAAAAAACGACUUGCGACUGAAAGACAGCGAGGGGGGCGCAGGUUGACGUGACCAUCGUCUGCUUCGCCGCAAUCCGAAAUUGCUUCUGUUAUCUACUUGGCUGCAUUUUCUGCCUGAGGUCAGGCUAACGAACCUAGCAGAGGCUCUGUGCCAGUGCAUUAUGAGCCAAGCGAAUGCUAACAAGAGCACACCCGAAUCCGCCGUAGAGUCAAGCCCAGCACAGAAGAAAAUCAAAAUGGAAGACACUAAAUACCUCCCGGAGCUCCUGGCAGAAAAAGACAGCUUGGAUUCCUCGUUCACGCACGCCAUGAAACUAAUCUCUGCAGAGAUCGAGAGGAUCCAGAGAGGCGAAACCAAGAAAGAGCCAGAGAAGGAAACAUAUCUGGACCUGUUUGCUACCAAGAAUCUUAAACUCAAAGAGCGAGUACUCAUUCCCAUCAAGCAGUACCCAAGGGUGAACUUUGUUGGUAAGCUUUUGGGACCUCAGGGUAGCACAAUCAAGAGACUGCAGGAGGACACUGGGGCAAAGAUUUCAGUUCUGGGUAAAGGUUCCAUGAGGGACAAGAAUAAGGAGGAGGAGCUGAGGAAGGGUGGCGAGGCUAAAUAUUCUCACCUGGUCAUGGAGCUUCAUGUGUUCAUUGAGGUGACGGCACCCAUCCCAGAAGCCUAUCUGCGCAUGGCUCAUGCCAUGGAGGAGGUCAAGAAGUUCCUUAUCCCAGAGCCUGGUGAACACGACCCAUACAUGGAUCCUCACUUCCUGAAUGGAUCCCAGGAUGGUUCAGGCAGGGGGCGAGGUGGUCACUUAGGAAGGGGCAGAGGUGGACCACCUGGUGCUGGAGGACCAAGGGGACGAGGAAUGUCACGUGGGGCCAUUCGAGGAGCAAUGCGUGGUGGAGCUCCACGAGGAGGACUAGGACGGGGCAGCGCUCCCAGAGGUGCACCAUCUGGUAGGGGUGGUCCACCUUCUGUUCCUAAUAGAGGAGGCUCAGCUCCCCGCUCUAGACCCCCUGCAGCUGGUGCGCCGAGAAUGCUCCCCUCCUCAGCCCUGUCCCACCAGCAACACCAAGUUCCUCCCUCAGCAUCACAGCCUAAAGCUGAUGCUUAUGAAGACUAUCCUCCAUAUGAAGAAUCCUAUGCAGAGCCUGCCUAUGAAGGAUAUGAUAGUUAUUAUAGUCAGCAGUCUGCACCUGCGGAUACUGAAUAUUAUGAUUAUGGACAUGGGGAAGUCCAGGAUACAUCAUAUGAGCCUUAUGCUCAAGAUGAAUGGGACAACUCAUGGUCCAGCUCCGGGGUUGGAGGCAAAGCCCCCCCAUCCAGGCAGAAGGGAUCGUAUAGAGAGCAUCCCUAUGGAAGAUACUGAACAGCUACUGGUAGAGAGUUGCUUUGGCAACUGUCUCCGAUUGUAACUCGCUUAACUUUUCAAAAGUAAUUUUCCUCCCAUUUGUUCCCUUUUUUAUGCUUUAUUUUAUUUUAUUUUUUGUUUUUUAAAAAACUUAGUAGAGAUGUUUUGUUGGAUGUAUCAUAGAGUGCCAGGGGAAAAACUUGAAUGCAAGGUUUUUUUCAUUGUUUAUCUGCUUCCACUUAAUGCUUGUUUCAGUUGCGUAGUUGGCAGUCAAGGUCCUAGUGACAUAAACCUUAGCAGAGGAACAGGAGUGACAUUUUAGUAAUGGUUAUCAGUUCAAUUUCAGCGAUUGUGGCGAUAAACUCUUCUCUCAUAGGCUGCAUUUUAAAAGUCCUUCAUGACUGGACAAAAAUUCCCAGAUUCAUAAUGCCUCAAUGUAACUUGACCAUAAUUAGAAAUAGAUUUAGUUGCAAACUCAAACACAGCCCUGAACCGUUUAGAUUAAAAACAAGUAUUAUCAUAUGUUUGUUUAUAUCACAAUACACAUCUUGUAUUGUGUGACGUUAUAGGAUCUCCUAAAACUAUUACGCUACCACUAAUACAUUUGACAAAGAAAAAUGCCUCUAUUUUUCCCACUCAUUACAAUUGUAAUAUUAUGAUCUGUUGUGCUAUUACUUGCAAAAUCAUCACUGAUGUUAGACUAAUUCUUGUAAAGCUUGAAGGAUUAAUAAUCCUUACUGUGUGUAAGGAAGGCUGCAGCCAACUCAAUAUUUUGUACAUAACCUUAGGACAAUUGUGUAUGCUAUAAGUCGUGCCGUCUCCAAAAUGCAUAAUGCUUGUGUACCUUUGGCUAAAUAGGAUCCUAAAUAUAUCCCAAAAUGUUUUUCUGCAGUGCGUGUUUCAAUAAAGUUUCUAGUUUCUUUUUAAUCAA